AAAUGAGUGAUCCCAAAUUUGCACUAAAAUUCAGGACAAUUGUCAUAUCUUAAAAAAAAUGGAAUUCCGAAUGGCAAAAUGGGAAGUUUAUCUAAGAGUCAUAGCAAUAUUGUUCUUAGUAUCAACAGCUUGUUUAGUUGCUUUUGAUACUCAAACAAAAGUUGUCUUUUUAAUGAUUUCAAAGAAAGCUACUUACAAGGACUUGGAUGCUCUCAAGAUCUUGGUGUAUGUUACAUCUACAGCUGCUGGCUAUAACAUGCUUCAAUUAUGCAAACACACUUUCUCAGCUCUUCCUACAAUAUCAAACUUCAAAACCUCUUAUUAUAUGUACAUUGCUUGGAUUACUUUCUUACUAGAUCAGAUUGUAGUGUACUUGACAUUCGCCACAAACACUGCAGCAUUUCAAGCUGCUAUUUUCGCACUUAAUGGAUCAGAAGCUUUCCAGUGGAUGAAAAUAUGCAACAAAUUCACCAGAUUUUGUGAGCAAAUUGCAGGGGCAUUGUUAUGCGGCUAUAUAGCACCUAUUAUAAUGACUAUGAUUUCAGCUAUCUCAGCCUACAAAGUUUUCAGAAUGUACUCUUCAAAGAGGUUCAUGCAUUUCAAAGGCAAAUGAUCAAUGUAUAGUUGAAAUUGGUAAUUUUAUAUGUGUAAAAUUUGCCACAGGAAUUUAAAAAAAUAUGCAAAAGAUGAGGCAUACUGAGUGAAGAAAAGAUCCUGCUAGAGUGAAACAUAGUAGCUUGAAUUUGUUGUCGGUUCCUAAAUAUUGUUUGAAUUUCUCUAGUUUCAUAAUAUAUUUUCCCAUAUGCCUAAAGUUUUGUACAAAAGCAAUAUUUGCACACUCAAUUUAAUUAAUGCAAUGCAAUAUUUAUCUUUUA